CCAAUAGAAGCAGGUCGCGCCCGCGGCUCAGGCGGGCAGCUUGAGCUGCUGGGGAGGUGGGCGGUUGUCCCUAGCAAGGCGCGAGUUCCGCGGAAGAAACGGCCGUUACUGCGGCGGCCUCGCGAGCCCGACUUCGUCCUUCCAGCUUCAGUGAUGGCUCACGAAGCAAUGGACUAUGAUCUUCAGGUGCAGUUAGAUCAUCACGCUGCACAACAGUCUGCUCCUGCUGACGUGGUCAACAGCCAAAGGGGACCGAACUUAUUGCAGCCUGCUCCUCCUCAGGUGUCCAUUGACCUAACACAGGAAGUGGAGCUCUUGGGAGAAGAGAAUGUGGAGAACAUCAAUCCAGGAGCUUCAGAGGAGCACACGCAGGGAUCUGGUGCUAACCGCCUCAUCCGAGUGGCUUCAUUGGAUUCAAUGAGCAGCUUCUUCACUGGGCUCCAGAGACUUCAUGGCAUGCUGGAAUUCCUGAGACCACGUACAGACCACAACGUGGGGCCAGUGAGAGCCAGGAGAAGCAGAGGUUUUGCUUCACGUAGGGGAAGAGCUGGAGGAUCUCAGAGGACAGACAAUGCCAGGUCCAGAACACCAUUGGAUGCUUACUUUCAAGUGAGCAGGACCCAGCCUCAUUUGCCAACCACUUCUCAUGAUUCAGGGGCUAGCAAUCCUGUUUCUGAAGACUUGGAAGUAUCAAGUAAUUCCGAUUCUGACAGUGACAGUUCCAUAGAGUAUGAAGAGGUGGUCGUCCAGGCGGAGGAACCUGGAGUUGUCGUUUUAGAAGAGCAACCAGCAGAUAUUUCGGCAGAGCAAGAAGUUAUAUGUAUUGGUGGAAAAGAGACCCUCCCCAAGCAGCAGUCUCCCCAGAAGUCCAGCGUUCUUCUACCUUCAGCUCCAGAUGAAGAAGAAGGAGAUACUUGCACAAUAUGUUUGGAACAGUGGACCAAUGCUGGGGAUCACCGACUCUCAGCAUUACGGUGUGGACACCUUUUUGGGUAUAGGUGCAUUUCUAAGUGGCUCAAAGGACAGGCACGAAAAUGUCCUCAGUGCAACAAGAAAGCCAAGCACAGUGACAUUGUUGUCCUUUAUGCCCGAACCGUGAGAGCUUUGGACACUAGUGAACAUGAGCACAUGAAAAGUACCUUACUAAAGGAGCAGAUGCUAAGGAAGCAGGCUGAGCUAGAAACAGCACAGUGCCGGCUCCAACUUCAAGUUCUCACUGAAGAAUGCACUAAGCUUCAUAAUCGUGUCCAGGACUUGCAAAAACUCAUUCUGCAGCAUCGAGAUCAGAUUUUACAGCAACCCAAGGGCUCCCAAGCACGUUUCCUAAGCAGCCUGCCCUCUAGCCAGGGCCAGCACAAGUACCAUUUCCAGAAGACCUUCACAGUGUCUCAGAGUGGAAACUGCCGGAUCAUGACAUACUGUGAUCUUCUGAGCUGCCUGGUGGUGUCACAACCUUCUCCUCAGGCCUCCUUCCUUCCAGGCUUUGGUGUUAAGAUGUUGAGUACUGCCAACAUGAAAAGCAGUCAGUACAUUCCCAUGCAUAGCAAGCAGAUCCGUGGACUGGCUUUCAGCAGUCGAUCCAAAGGCUUACUUCUCUCUGCGUCCCUAGACAACACUAUUAAACUGACCAGCUUGGAGACAAAUACUGUGGUCCAGACUUACAAUGCUGGACGUCCUGUCUGGAGCUGCUGCUGGUGUCUUGAUGAAAACAAUUACAUCUAUGCUGGACUGAUCAAUGGUUCAGUUCUGGUAUAUGACCUUCGAAACACGAAUUGUCCUGUCCAGGAGUUAGUACCUCAGAAAGCCAGAUGCCCACUGGUGUCCCUCUCAUACAUGCCCAGAGCUGCCUCAGCUGCAUUUCCAUAUGGUGGCCUGUUGGCUGGAACCUUGGAGAACGCUUCCUUCUGGGAGCUAAAAAUGGGCUAUUCUCAUUUGCCUCAUGUACUGCCCAUGGAGUCAGGGGGCUUCAUAGACUUUCAGACAGAGAGCAGCACCCGACACUGUCUUGUGACCUACAGGCCUGAUAAAAACCACAACACCUUACGAAGUGUGCUGAUGGAGAUGUCCUACGAGCUGGAUGACAAUGGAGAGCCAGUCUGCUCCUGCCAUCCUGUACAGACAUUCCUUGGGGGACCCACUUGCAAACUACUAACCAAAAGUGCCAUAUUCCGAAACCCAGAGGAUGAUGGCAGCAUCCUGGUGUGUACUGGGGAUGAAGCAUCAAAGUCUGCCCUGGUAUGGGAUGCUGGCAGUGGCUCAUUGCUGCAAGAUCUGCAGACUGAUCAGCCUGUCUUGGACAUCUGCCCAUUUGAGGUGAACCACAGCAGCUACUUGGCUACCUUAACAGAGAAGAUAGUCCACAUCUAUAGGUGGGAGUGACAGGGGUCUUGAAACUUCGCAGGCAUGCUGCUGGUUAAUGGUAAAUGUUGUUAGCACCUAGAAGCUUUAAGCAAGAUUGUGCGUGUUGUCUGUGGCCUAGAACUUCGGGGAAUGUGGUUCCUUUGGAUUUGUGUGAUUAUAAGACUCUGGGUCACUGAAACACUACUACUACAGCUUAGGAUAUGAUUGUGCACCAACCAUUUGCUAGGACAUGUGACACCCUGCCUGAGUGGUCUUGUUACUUGGGUUAUUUGGUUUGGAAGUGCUUAUGUUCCUGAAAGGACAAACCAUUUUCUUGAUGCUACUUGGGGACAGAAGUCUUCAAUUGAACACAGGGGGGCACUGUAGAACCUAGCAUAGGAUUUAAUCUAUUUCUGACCUUGUGGGCUGACAAUCUUUUAGUAACUUGGUCUCAUCCCCACAGAAUUAUGUGGUAGAGCACACCUGGUAUGCUCUGUGGCAGCCACAGUUAUAUUGCAGGUGUGCAAUGCUGGGGAUAUUGCAAACCCAGUGAUGGAGGCAGCUGAUGAGUUAUAGACACUUUGUUGAUGUCAAGUGCAUUAAGUUCAUCGUGUUGUGUGAGCUAAGGAAGAGACUAGUUUCAGCAUUGGGGAAGACUUUUUUUUCUAGUCAGUCUAGGAUCUCAGGAGUAGUUUUUAUACAAGUCAAUGCUUUGAAGACCAUUCCUUUUCCCUUCACGGAGAAAAGAUAAGUGAUGCGUUUAAAGCUCUUACUUGAGUCCCCUAGUAUAUCAAGAGCAAUGGGCUAAAUAAGAGAUUUACAAAAGAGAACCUGCUCAGACAGCUCCCAAAAACAAGGCUGUCUCUUCUGUUCCAAAAGACUUCCCACCUGAAUAAAGCCAACCCUCAGGAGUGAGAAACUGUUCUUGAGCAUGUGAAACUGAUGUCUGACUCCAGGUUCCUUUGAUUUGCCUCCCUUCCUAACUUUUUCUAAAAGUGUUGUAAGUAAAGUCAUUCUCAGGAAGAUAAUAGUGGUUGGAGACCUAUGGAUUGCAGGGAGAUGCCUUCCAACUUUCAUUCCAACCCUGAAUUGUCCAACUCUGGGUACUGCAUUUUUCUCCAGUAGAGGGCUCAGUUUAUAUUUGUUUGCUUUGCCUUAGGCUACUCUGCUAAAUGGCUCUCCACAACCAAACAUGCCUCAAGGUAUGAGUGAUCAGUGCCCAGUUCUUGGGAGCAGGAUGGCCAAGAGUGUGAUUUUCUUAAAUAAUUAUAGAAAUGUUAUUAUUUUUAUUCUAAAAUAGUUCUGACGGGUCAACUCCUGAGCUGUUUCUAGGAUUUCUCACCAGCAAGAGGUUAUUGCAAUAGAUUUCCCCUGAAUUCCCAGUUCUAGUUGUGCCUUUUAAAGUGUAUCCUCCUACUUAAAGAUGUUGUUUAAAAAGCCAGUUUCCAAGGCUUGGGAAGGAGCCCCCUUUUCUCAGAUCAGAUAUUCUGUUUGAUAUGUUGAUGAUUAAGAAUGGCUGUCCAGGCCUAGAACUUCAGCGUCAGAAUGGGAUUUGAAUUAAAAAGCAGCACUCACCGGGUUUCAGCAAGAAAGGGAUGCAGGUGGUCAGACCCUGGCUGCUUUUUGUCUUGGGCAGGAUUAGGAUUCGACUAGCAUUGAAAUACACACAAUAGAUGCUGAUUGAUUCCCCUAAAUUUAGGAACCAAGGGUCUUCUUACCAAGGACGUUGGGUGAAUCUCAUCUCUUGGCAGUCCUUGCAUUCCUCCAGUAAAUUUAGAUGUUUUAGAAACAAAUUUGUAUGACUAUGACUGAUUUCUCCAAAGGAAAAAACUUCACCUCCAGGUACGCCCACCCCCCUCUGCCUGGCUGGAGAUCGUAUCUGUAGACCCAGGCUUUGGUCUCUGCAGCACCAGACUCGACUCUACCAUGUUUCCUGUCUUUAAGGUGGUUUUCCCAUUUGAGGGAUUGGAGUUAAGCAGACUCAAAGUUAUCUUGUCGAUGUAAAUAUUCUCGAACCUGCUUUGAAAACAGGGCAGUGGGAUGUCUCUGUUCUGUGUUUUAAAUUUUAAUGUUAAUGUGAAAAUAAAGAAUUUGCCAUGUGUAACAGUU